CACACAUUUGCCUAUCGAGGAUUCAAAUAAUUACACGCUACAGACAACAUCCUGACAACUCGGGGGUCAUUGAAGUGACAAAUCUGGACCCUUACAACGGGUGUGGGGGAGUCACAGGGUUUUACCGGCUUUGUAUGUGAGGGUGCUGUGAUGUGUGUAGGAUGCGUGAGAUGUGUAGGAUGCAUUUGUAGCGCGCAUUUGGCGGUGUCACUUCCACCGCAUCAACAUUCGAGCCAAAACAGAGUAGCAAUCAUCAACGUCGCCACUGCAUUUACACUGCCAGGUACACAGCCCAAACGUGACGCACAACAGACCAAUCAUUACUCACCGGGACUGUGAGCUUGACUUGUUUAUUGGAUUCUAUUUCUACCUCUUUCCCUUUGUGACUUUUUAGACUCACCUUGAACUCACUUGAUUGCUGUAACGGAAGAAUAGGCUGAUGAUAAUGAACCAAUCAGUUCUGGCAAGAGGACAGCUUGUGAAGUUGGCAUUUAAAAGAUACUCGUCGUCAUGUUCACACAAUGACAAGUACCUGGCAAAGAUCUACGCAUUCCCAAUAACAAAGGACAAGUCAUAUCUCCACUUCGAAUAUAACGAGAAGCUUAUCAACGUUAACUCUCCCUUGGUGAAAUAUGAAAACAAAGCAGUUAGUGGUGCUGCAAAUCUUUGGAAUAAGAUGCAGCAAUCUGAUAAACCGGUGAAUCAGAAGAUUGUUCGCUUUGUAUCCAGAUUCAUUGAAAGAAUACCAUGGACAGAGGACUCGCUCAGAUCUAUACCUUCAAGAUCUGCAUUACUCAGACAGGUCAAGACCCACGGAGAUGAUGGCACACACGCCGACAAUUCACCGUUAUUGAAACCUGCAACUGCUGUUGAUGGUGAAGAACUUGAAGGUAUCCCUGUGUUCUAUCCAGCACAUCUGAUGACCCCAGUGACUCUCGCAAAGGAGAUUGAUACGCUAUGCCAUCAGGCAACCACAUACCAUAAGAAACAGAUGCUGUUAACAGGUAUCGGUGUGCCAUUGUCAUUACCAAUUGCACUCGUUCCAGUGGUUCCAAACGUUCCAGGGUUUUACCUUGCUUAUAGGUUUUACUGCAACACAAAGGCUUAUAUCGGUGGAUUGCACCUUGACCUUUUCAACAAGAACAAAGAGCUGAUAUACAAAGAUGAGCCCCUAUUAGACGAUGUCUAUGAGUCCGUUAGGGAGAACGAGGAUGACAUCUUACUCAAUGAGAGCAUUGUGCAACAACUCGUGGAUACUUUUAAGGUCGAUGGGGCAAGAACAGGCUUGUUAAAGGCGUUGAGACAAGAGAUCCACGCAUUAGAGAAGAUUGAAGAGGAUCAAAAGAAGCAUUAGACUGUACAUAGGCAAUGACAACGGCAGAUCACUAGAGAUUCCUCGUUC